UGUGCCUGGCUGUCGCUGUACUCUUUGCCUGAGCACUAGGUUGCAGUGUGUGUUGGGCAGCAUGUGUCAGUGUGUUGCUUGCAGGGCACAGUGAGGGGAUUGCUUUCAUUCUCUUCUGGAUGUGCAUGUGUUGGGUGCAGGGCAGGAGGCGGGUGAGAGCUGGGUGUAAGGUGGCUAGUGGCUUCUUUUAGUUUGCCUUGGAGUGUGCAUGUGUGAGGGGAAGGUGGGCAUAGUGCCUGCGUGUAGACAGGGCAUGGGGGUUGCAUUGCAGUGGGCAUGUGAGUUGGCCAGUUAGGCUGGUUGUCUAUAGGAUAGUGGUUGUUGGGAUUGCAUAGUUGUGUGAUGGAUGUUGUAGUUGUGUUGUGGGCUGGGGUAGCUGUGCAUUAUUGUAUUGGGUAAUUGUGCAUGGCGAUAGCUAUUAGUUGUGUAUAUUGUGUGGUUCUGGUUAGUUGUGGAUAGUGCUGUGUAGUGCUGUAUAGUUGUGCAUGGUUCUGGUUAGUUGUGGAUAGUGCUCUAUAGUUGUGCAUGGUUCUGGUUAGUUGUGGAUAGUGCUCUAUAGUGCUGUAUAAUUGUGCAUGGUCACUGGCUAGUUGUGUGUUCUGGAUUUUAGUAGUUGUGUAUAUGCUGGUGAUUGUAGUUGCUUUGCACUGUGCUGGUUACUUGUGUAGCGAGCUGGUUAGCAGGACUAGUUAGCUGUGUUGCAGUGUGUGAGCAUGCUGGUGGAUUUCCUUGCAGAGUGAGUGUGUGUGUGUGUCAGUGUGUGUGUCAGUGUGUGUGUGGGGGCCGGUCCUGGCUGUGCUGUCUCUGUUCUCUGGGCAGUUCAGAUCUGUCUCUCUCCCCCUCUGGUCGCUGACUAUCACACAAGGGGGAUGAAUUCUACGUGCAACUUUUUUUACCAGGCAGAUAUCACCCUAUGCGGCUCAAGAUCUGUGGAUGAAUUCCAUCCCUUCAUCGAAGCACUUCUGCCCCACGUGCGAGCCUUUGCCUACACGUGGUUCAACCUCCAAGCCCGAAAACGAAAAUAUUUCAAAAAACACGAAAAACGCAUGUCCAAAGAGGAGGAAAGAGCAGUGAAGGACGAGCUAUUGAGCGAAAAACCGGAGGUGAAGCAGAAAUGGGCGUCCCGGCUCCUGGCAAAGCUGAGAAAAGAUAUUAGGCCGGAAUAUCGGGAGGAUUUUGUACUCACAGUUACAGGGAAAAAGCCGGCAUGUUGCGUUCUCUCCAACCCUGACCAGAAAGGAAAAAUGAGAAGGAUUGACUGCCUCCGACAAGCGGACAAGGUCUGGAGACUGGACCUGGUCAUGGUGAUUUUAUUUAAAGGUAUCCCACUCGAAAGUACUGAUGGCGAGCGUCUUGUAAAAUCUCCUCAGUGUUCUAACCACGGGCUGUGCGUACAGCCGCACCACAUAGGAGUUUCGGUCAAGGAACUCGACUUAUACUUGGCGUACUUUGUGCACUCGGCAGAUUCAAGUCUGUCAGAGAGUCCCAGCCACCCCAGCGAGGCUGAUAUCAAGGACCAGCCGGAGAAUGGACAUUUGGGCUUCCAAGACAGCUUUGUGACUUCAGGUGUUUUCAGUGUUACAGAACUUGUCAGAGUGUCGCAAACACCCAUAGCAGCAGGAACGGGUCCUAAUUUCCCCAUGUCAGAAUUGGACAGCUCUUCAUACUACAGUAUGAGCCCAGGUGCAAUGAGAAGAUCGUUGCCCAGCACGUCUUCUACCAGUUCUACGAAGCGCCUCAAAUCUGUCGAGGAUGAGAUGGACAGUCCUGGCGAGGAGCCAUUUUACCCGAACCAGGGUCGUUCACCAGGGAGCGGCAGUCAGUCAAGCGGGUGGCAUGAUGUGGAACCAGGAAUGCCAUCGCCUACUACCUUAAAGAAGUCAGAGAAGUCUGGUUUCAGCAGUCCUUCUCCUUCGCAGACCUCUUCCCUUGGAACGGCUUUUACACAGCAUCAUCGACCUGUCAUUACAGGACCCAGAGUGAGUCCGCAUGCACCGCCAUCAACCUUACAUUUCCCGACGUCGCCCAUCAUCCAGCAACCUGGGCCGUACUUCUCUCAUCCAGCAAUCCGCUAUCACCCGCAGGAGACUCUGAAAGAGUUUGUCCAACUUGUCUGCCCAGAAGCCGGUCAGCAGGCUGGACAGGUGGGGUUCCUAAACUUACAGUACUUCGGACACGACGCAUUCUGGCCCAAUGGUAGCAGCCAAGGCAAGGUGCACAAUCCAUUCCUUCCUACACCCAUGUUGCCACCACCACCUCCGCCACCAAUGGCCAGGCCUGUGCCCCUGCCAGUUUCAGACACAAAGCCUCCAACUACGUCUACAGAAGGAGGAGCCGCAUCUCCCACUUCUCCGACCUACUCAACACCCAGCACUUCCCCUGCAAACCGAUUUGUCAGUGUUGGACCACGAGAUACAAGCUUUGUAAAUAUCCCUCAACAGACUCAGUCCUGGUACCUGGGAUAAUGGCCGCAGAUUUCUAUCACACACAUGACAGACCACCCGGCCCUUCCCAUCUCUGUAACAUGGAAGAAAAUGAUGACAACACGGCACAGUGGCUUCGCUGCAACGGAAGGGGAAGACUUGUGUCAACAGUGUAACAACGUCGAUUGAGAAGACAAAAAGAAUCUUAUGUGGUCGCAUGGCAAUGGCCCUUUAUAAUCAGCCUUAUUCCCCUUACUUUUUUAUGAUUACUUUCUCACCUUGGGGGUCUGAAGAAAGUUCUGACCGGGAAAAGCUGGGCAUCAUGGGAUUUUAGGUGUUUCAUUGGUAGCGUUAAACAUUAGGUGGUUCUGGGUAGCCUUAGUCCGAUGUUUCUUUUUGGUUCUUUUUGUUUUUGUUUUUUCGUUACCGACUUGCUGUCAAACACAUUCAUCAUGAAGCCCAGCAUUUUCUGCAAAGCCGAUCCUUCUGUAUGUCCAUGGUUGUGAAACUUCUUGAGGAGUUGUGGAAGAAAAGACCCCCCCCCCCUCCCUUUUUAAAAACACAAAAGACUUAAAGCACUCUCAAAAUAUACAUGUAAAAUGACGUGUGAUAAGAACCUUCUGCUACUAUGACUUAAGACCACACUACAGUUCUUUCGGAAAACAUGGAAGUCAACCCUUUCGUGGUCCAGAGCCUCCAUAUUUUUCUUUUUUCAGCUAUUUUGAGUGCUACAUCACCUAAAAAGGAUUUGCUAAAACACAUGAAAUGUGCAACAUCAGUUAUCACAAACUGCACUUUUGUUUUUUGUGUCAUUUAACGACCCCCUUUCCCUCCCUGCGGAACUGAUGAAGUUGUAUCGAAGGACACAACUGCGACAAGAUGCUUUCACUAACAUAUCAACAAAACGUCCGCCCCUGCUUUCUUUCAAGGAGUUAUCACAUCCAUGACCCGCCCACGAGGAAGCUGUUAACAUAUAAGUUUCAUUCAAGUUGCAGAGCAAUGUUAAAAAAAAUGAAAAAGAAAAAGAAAAAAAUGUCCAGAACUUUUAUUAUUCAUGUAAGGAAAAAAUGCUGCACUUACAAAAAUAAGCUUUUCUGAGACAAAAAUUUUCAACAAUGACACAGAAACACAGAAAUGGGGAAGAUGGUCUGUUUUGACAGAAACUGACAGGAACCAAUCAAAACAAUCGUGUUCAGAUUGAGUAAAGUGCAAUUUCAUUGGAUAGGUAAAUAUCUUUGUAAGAUAGAGAUUGUUGAAAAUUCUAUUUUUGUUUUUUCAAGUCCUAACACCCCGGGACUCUAAAUUAUGGGUGUAAAAAAAAAAAAAAAACAGCCUUGCAAAAGAAAGGGGAGCUAUUUUUGCUUUUUAUGUUUUUUAUUGUUAAAACUUGUAUCCCUUAAAAGUUAAAAAAAGAAAAUCUAAAAAAAAAAUAUAUUAUAAAACAUAAAGGUGCUUUUACCACAAUAUGUUAACGACAUUAAACGCUACGUAAUCAUUUUCUUUUAUCAAAGCACAUAACUAAAAGUGGAAUCAUAACGCAUCUUCAUUUUAUAAGCUAAAGUCACUACGAGUGGUAAUGCCAAUUCAGACAAACAAAAAAAAUAACAAAACGCAAAAUUUCCCAGUGUAGGAUUUAGUCAGGCGCCUCAGGAUCUUUAUAAAAUGUCCAGAUUUUAUCCAUGUCAUUUUUUUUAUUAUUAUUUUAUUAUUAUUUUUUUAUUUCCAUCACUUGCAUUCUCUGGACUAUAAACACUGAUUAAUCUAGUGGGGGGGGGGGGGGAUUUCAGCAGUUGCUGAAUGAAAAAUUUAAAAACUGAAAAUUGAAUCAUAGACUUUAUGUAUGUUAUGUACUUAAAAAAUAAAGAUGAAAAAGGACAAAAAAAAAGGUCGAAAAUCAAAAUAAACAGAAUACACAUGAUUUAUUUUCUACCAGACAGCGGAGCAUAUCCCUUUUGCUUCGCAUGCAACCUUUAGGAGGUUUCCUAUACUAUACAUAUAUUAUAUACCUUCUGGCGGGGCAGGUGUGUCCGUCAGGAGGGGAAAAAAAACGUCUCUGCAUGUUUAGUGUUAGUAUCUCAUUUUUAUAUACUUAAAGUAGAAUAAAUUAGAGUGCAUUAAGACAAGACAUUUUAAUCCUUAUUCCAGGCACUUGCCUUUUUUUUUAACCCUCUCCCCCCUUGCAGCUGUAAUAGGGCUUGGUGCCCUUCCUUUUUGGCAGUGAAGGAGUUAAACUCUGUGUGUUCAGUCCUAUUGGAGGGCUUUUUGCUACUGUCCUUGUACAAUCAAGUCCAUGAAACUCUUGGGAAGACACUUUGCUCCUCAUCUUUUUUCUUUUUUAUGUUUUUAUAUACUCAUUUUGUUUUCCUCUUAACACUUUUGGCUGCGCGGGAACGGCUUGGGGACGGCUGUUUGCAGUACAUCACAGGUCUCUCCGGCAGCCGAUAGGUUAAUUUGCACGAAUAUGAAAUAAAUUCCAUAUCAAUGUGCCUUGCCCUGGAUAGCGAUUAUUUGUGAAAUUGUUGCACAUGUUCCUCUAUAGAUAGUGGGGAGAGAAUUCCUCAGUCACGCGUUUUGGAGACACUUUUUUUUUUGGGGGGGGGGUAUUUUUAAUUUUUUCUUGUAAAUGUGACUUUUACGUCAGACGUUGAAGGCUUCACCAUGUAGGUAGAUAUUUUAGUUAUAUCCCACCAGUAGGAGUAGUGUGCUUAGUCUUGUAGUGUCUGUGCUAUUUUUGCGUAGGAGAUCAGUAUUUUGGAGGGGGGGGGGGGGGGAGAUGUUUGCUGCAUUGUGACAAUUUAUUUAGAGUCUUCCUUUAUGAUCAUUUUAUUUUGGGUUUCCCCUGAUCAAUGAAAAUAUGCAAUACCUGCUUCUAUCAUGUAGUCAAAGCUUAGCAGAUUUAUUAGAAUUUUUUUUAUUUUAAUUUUUUUUAUUUGACCAAAGUUGGUGCUGUACUUGACGCAGUGUGUUAGGCGUUUAGUCAUUGUAUCUUUUGUGACUACGAAUGCACAUGCAGGAGGGGCCUCUUAGAGAAGCAGUCAGACUGUGAAGCACUAAGCGGUACCCUGCUUUGAGCAAUUUUAUUAUUUCUUUUUUUUUUUUUUUGUGUGUUACAACUGUUCCUAUCACAAGCAAGCCUUAAAGUUAAAAAAAAAACAAAAAAAAAAACCUGACUUCCUUUCCUUAAAAUUCCCUUCCCCCCCACACCCCAUUUUUAUUAGCAGACUUCAAUCAACCCAACGUUCGACAGAGAAGAGGUUCUAAUGCCCAUUUUUUAUAUGCACGUUUUUAAAAUAAAAUAAAACUAACAAAAACUUCCAACUUCUGAAAAAUUGUUUACCGGUUCUCUCUAUUUAAGAAAAAGAAAAUGAAUAAAAUGUUUUUUGGAUUGUCUGAUACGUGGUUGAGUAGUCUCGUAUUGUGUGAGUGUUAGUGAAUCGUGUCCAUUUUUCUGUAGCCAGCAUCCUUUGCCUUUCCUAUAGCACUUAGCUGGGCAUUACCUUAUGACAUAUGUGCACUAAAAAAAAACAGCAGCUUGCAGUGCUUCACAGUGAAGGGAAAUAAAGCCUAGACAAACAUUUUGUCAGAACCUUGCUAUAAGUCAAGGCGUUACCAGUAAAUUGGUUGUACAUACAAUACAAAUGCACCCUUUUAUAUAACAUGCAAACUAAGCAAUAGCUCUGGGCAGUUGUAGGGUUUUUGUUGUUGUUGUUGUUGUAUUAUUUUUUUUUUCCUUUUGGGUGACUUUUGUUGAUUGUGUUGCGUAGACCUAAUUGCAAAGAGAGCAAACUGCCUGCUCAGAUAUGUCCUUUGUAUGUUGUAUAGUUUUAAUGAGUACACUGAUUUAUUCUACCCUAUUUUAUAACGCAGGACUUUUGUAACGUUGUUUAAAUGAGGACAAUUUUCUGUCAAUUUAGCUUUGCAGAUUUUUCAGAUUGUUUAAUAUAACGGCGACGCUCUUAGAAUUUUUAUUUUGAGUGGGGGAGGGCGGUGGGAUUUUUUUAAUUUUUUUUUUUCCUUCCAGGGACUGGAUUUAAGUUAAAACUUACCUGUUUCCUUUUUGUAUGUAUUUAAAUACAAAAUGAUUUGGUUUCUUCUCGUCUUGGUAUAGCCUGUUCCUAUACUUGAGAAGUAUGGGCCACUAAAAACCCAUUUUAAAUGGACAUUACAGGUAUUGCUGUAUUCUGCAGUGCUUGAUCACUACUAAGGUCUGACUGGAAGGUUGAGGAUUUCUGAAGACAUUCUCAGAGGGCAGAAAAUGUUUUAAAGGCUUUAAGACAUGGCAAUGGCAUAGGCAGUCAAGGAUGUGUCAAGUAUCAAAUUCAUGACGUUCACUUAGGUUCAUCCGGCCACCAUAUCGGAAACACAACAAGAAAUCAUAGAGGCUCAAAUCGGUUUCUUUAAUUUAUUAAUUUUUUUUAAAUAAAUUUCAAUAUUUGACUUCUGCGCAGUAAUGCUGGGUGUGCAGCAUGAUAGAUUGUUACCUUUUGAAAUAAUGUAAUUAUACAUGAGUUCUAUAAAAAUGUCCGAAAAUAAGUGCAAUUUAAUGAACUCAAUAUAUGCAGUGUGAAUAUCACAAAAAUUGUAACGUAUAUUAGCAAUUUCUUAUAAAAUAGCACAAAGGUGCACAUGAAUAAAACUGAUACAAUUUUAAUUCAUUACCUUAAAAAAAAUAAUACUUAACAAAACAAUUACAUUUAUUUUACAGAUUAAAUGUUAUCCUUGUCAGUGAUUGAUUUGUUUGUCUAUCUAGCUAUCUAGUCACAUGAAUAUUUUAAUACAUCUCCAGGGCAUCCAACAAAGCAGCUGUACACAUUUUUAAAUAUUUUUUCCAAAUAAGUUAAAAUAUUUUUUGCUAAGUUUUAAAAUCAGUUCAAAUAGUAUUUUAAACUCUACAUAGUACAUGAGGUAUAUUGACGACAUCCAUUUCUUUCCAGUCUCUACUAUUGUAAAAAAUUUGAACUGUUCUAGCUAAAGUUUAUUUUUUUUUUAACUGUUAAAACUAAAUUGAUCAAAUAAUACUAAGAUAUAAAAUUAAUUUAUACAUCAGCCCAAUUUACUAACUUGCCCUAUUAAAAAUGUAUACCCUCCCCUUAUCUUCUCAAGUAAUACAAGUUUAUGCGAUCCAAGAUGGGAUAAAAUUAGGUAAAUUUGGCCCUAGCAUAAGGCAUACAUGUUUUGGGCUCAUCUACUGCAUUCUCGUUAGUUCCAUCUUAUAAUUAAGCGUCGCCUUCUCCUCCCCUCCUUGGAUCAUAAACGGUGAUUAGUAUAACACUACACUAUAGGACGUUUCUGCAACUCUUCCAUUACAACGUGAUAUUUGUCUAGGAUCUCUUAUUCUGAAAUGCACUUUGUUAAAAAAAAAAAAAAACUCCCGUUAUAAGGUCCAUGGUCAGGAAUAGGUAAGAGGAGGUCUUUUUUCUGUAGAACAACAGGGUAAUGAAGAAAGUUCUCCCCCAUUGACUGAUAUAUAGCCAGUUCAUUGGCCAGGUUGCUGCACACUCGAGCCAGAUUGCGCUGCUUUUCUUAUGUUUUUUUUUUUUACUUUUCUUUGUAAGAUUAAAUUAAUUCUGCUACACAUCCCAUAACUAAAAAAAAACAUAUACAAGACUUUCUCCAUUCACUCCAUCAUCAACUGGUAGCGAUAUGCAGAUCCCAAGGCACUUUGUUCUUUGCUUUUAUUCAGUUUUUUUUACUUUCUUAGAUUUCUUAGAUCUGCUUAGUAACAGUGUUCAUUUUUUCUUUUUUUCAUCAAGAGCAACACGAAAGCUUCGACUUCAUAGUUUCCUUUCCUUGUGGCAAUAUAUAUAUAUAUAUACCUAUAUAACUUUAACAAAAAAAGUUGCUCAACAUUGUACUUUGCAUUGUGUCUCUGGUAAUGUAGAUUUUUAAAUUUUUGGGGGUAGGGGGGAGUUUGAAAGCCUUCAUAGAACAAAUAUAGUGAAAAAGAAAUUUCCAGCAGGAUUAUAUUGGCGAGAGGUUCAGUGGCAUGGAAAUCUGUAGGACAACAUGGACACUUUUUGCCAGGGCUACCCACUAAGUGCUUGUGGCUCCAGGCCGGUUGUUUAUAUAUAUUUUUUUGUAUAUUUUUUUUCAUUUCUUUUAGUUUUUUCAAAUUCUUUUCAAUCCAAGCAUGGAUGAAUACUCUUCCAAUGUGCAGAUAACAAAAGGAACUGCUGUGUAUGGCCCAUCUACACGCUGCCACUGGUUUUGGAAAUAUCCCAAAAAUUCCCGACAUGGUGCUAAGAUGGUCCGGCUAACAGAUUGAGGCCUCUGUUACUUAGGCUGAAUCUAGCUCUUCUGUUCAUCCAUGUGAAUGCAUAGCAGUGUUUUUCUCUGCAUGGAAACUAUGCACUAACCCUACCUGAGACAGAUAUGAUCAACUUUUUUUAUUUUAUUUUUUUUCCGUUAACUUUCAGUCCUUGCCUUUUUAGGUCAUUCUUAUGAAGAUGCCAGCUUUAGGACAGAAUUAAUUAUAUGAUAAAAACCAGCAAACUAUCUGAUUAAUGAAUUGUAGUGCCUGUGAAACCUGUAUUAUAUGCUCUUCUAAAGAAAGAAAUUUCUACACCGUGAGCCUUUUGCUGUCUGUCAGAAUCUUCUGAUGUGAAAUAACCAUGCCAUAAAUAUGCAUGCGAUCCCAUACUGCUUAGUCAUUUUACAAAUACUUCUUAUCUUAGCCUGAGGUUUAUUAUAUAAUUUUUUUUUGCCUAAUCAUUUAUUGUAUGUCACCAAGAAUGCAAAUUCUAAGCCUUGUUUUUUUCUGGGUGUUUUUCAGUAUUUUGGAGGUAUACAUCAACAUAUUAAAUUCAGUAUUACUUCUGAUUUCUUUUUAUUUUAUUUUUUAAUUUCAUUCAUUUCAAAUAUUGACAUCUUAUGGGGAAGUUGUUACUCCGUUUCACAAACCUGAUUUCUCUAGGUUGAAACAAAUGGUGAGCCAAUAAUUUCCCAUCUCCACACCAGACCGAAACAAAAAAAAAAAAAUUAUACAAAAACAUUGACCAUUGGUUCCAUAAGUUCUAUAUAUACUGUAUGUACCUGAUUUUAAUUUUUUUUGUGUGUGUGUUUUCGAUCAAAUUACUUUAUUCUGUACAACCUGUGGGGCCUGAUUCAUGAAAUAUAUGAACUUAUGUAUAAUUACACAAUGCAAGUACACGUGAUUGUUUGUUUUUUAUCUGAUCAGUUCUUCUAUGCUGCCCCCUUAUAGCGAGUGAGAACCAUAAAGUUUUCGGAUUUUAGUCAGUUUGAAAUUUGGGUGGUGGAUGCCCUGAGUGAUUAAUAAAUGUGUUAUCUCACAGCUCAUUUCCUCAUAAUGUCUACGUUAAUGUGAACCUUUCUGUGUCAAGUUAAUGGACAGCAUCAAUUUUAAGUUCUGAAAUCCUCGGGUCUGCAGAUUUUUGAUCACCUUCUAUUUUAUAGCAUGUAGCAGAGUCCUUUUAAUAAGUUUUGUUGUCCGUGCAAGCUGGCCUUGAUCGACUAUCACUUCCACAAAAAAAAAAAAAAAUUCUCUCGAGUCACCGUUGAAGUGCCGAAACUUUCCUGUCUGGACAGCUGCUCUCAAAGAUUAAAGUACCGAUAAAAUGUAUGAAAUCUCGCAUGACAUGGGAAAUUAUUUAACCAAUAUUCUAAAAAAAUAUAUAUUUAAAGUCAAGAAUUCAAAAACAAUUUUUUACAAUUGGUUGGGCUUCGUGCUUUUUAUUUUAUGGGAAAUUAAAAACGUAUGAAAAACGGGGGAAAUUAGCACCUUUUAUCUGAACAAAGAGUUGUUUUUUUAAGCAAUUAAUAAUUUAAAAAAACUAUAAUUUAUUGUGCAAAUUUAUUAUUUUUUAACGAUGUGAUAGAUGUCAAAGCUGUUGCUGGUUUCCUCCAUUUUCUAUGUUUUUAAUAUAUAUAUAAUUUUUGCAUAUUUUUUUAUUAGUGUCUCCACCAGCCUUAUACUUCAUGUCAUCACCCAGGAUUGCAGAAUAUGGACGCUAAUUAAAAAUUUUGUAGGCGGCUAUGUGUGCAUCACAGCUUAGGGUCUCACACCGGGGCUUUGUAAGUUGCGGUAAGGCUCUUAACAAUCGCAACAUCAAUUUUUAGAUUUGAUGCUUAUGUAACAAGCUCCAUAGACGACAUAAUAACCAUAAGCCACGCAGACACAACACAUGGCACAUCGUGGACCCCUCAGCUGUGCGCACAUAUAGUCCAUUGAAUGGGUUCUUUGUCCCGCGCUCUCUGCAGAAUCACACAACCAUACAUUGUUGGCAUAAGUCGAGGGUGCAGACAGCAGGUGAAGACGGGCAUCCUUACAGGCUGGGGACUGCGUGAGGAAUUGGUCUUUUGUUUGCUUGACUAGGUGGGAUCUAUUCGGCAGCCGUGGGAAUCUCCUGUCCCCCAUUUAUUUUAUCUCUUCAUUUCUCACAAUCCUGAGCUCUUCAUUGAAUAACGCGCCGCAGCCGAGCUGGCUCUUGACCAUGUUAAACCCUUAUCUUUGUGUUUAAUUAAUCGCCCCAUAAUGGGUGUUUUUCGGAUCUUCAGUGUGCCUGCGGUAACACGCUCGUCGUUUGAUAAAUCAGGCUCUCCGUGCCUCUCCUGACAUGUAUUUACUCAUGCUUCUUAUCAGUUUAUUUUUUACUGUGUUCUGUGAAAUACAAAAAAAACAAAACAAUGUAAUUGGUUGAGAAUCACUGUGGGUAUGAACUGUUCUCCGACUAAAUCUCUGCAGGUUUUUUUUUUUUUUUUUUUUUGAGCUGGUGUGUGGAUUAGUUAACUCUUGUACUCAGCCAUUAGUGCAACCAACUCUUACAUUACAAUACAAUUACUGGAAACGAAUACUGCAUUUCCUAUGCAACAAAAAAGGAAAAUAAAAAAAAUUGCUAAUGC